UGGGUUAGAAUCCGGGAGCCAGCAUUUUUGUGAAAUUCGCUGCGAAAAGUGAGGAAAUAUCGGGAUUUUUGUAAAAUCGGCGAGACAACAUCCGACAGCGCAUGGAGGAGGCGAUUGAACACGGCAGCAGAUAAAACAGGUCACCGCAUAGAAUGUCAAAUACGCCAGCCAAACCAGACGGUACAUCGGAAACGAAGAAGUCCGAAACAAAAUCAUCUCAGAAACGGAAUCGCCCGGAAGGCGGUUCCGGCAAGGGUGGCCACAACCACCGUAAACCGACCGAUCGCCACACGUUGAAGAAGCGUGUUCUGCCCAAGUUUUUCACACGCGAGAACGAUAUCUACGUUACGUACAAAUCGGAUUUCACGUACCAAUUCAAAGCCUGCCUGGAUUUGCUCAACUCUCCCCUCGGCGAAGUGUUUCUGCACUGUACCGGCCGGGCCAUCAAUCGUGGCAUCAACUUGGCACUGAGACUGAAAGCGGAACAUCCCGAAGCGUUCGAGUACGAGGUGAACACGUCCCAGGUGGCCAUCACGGAUGAUUUGCAUCCGCUGCACGACGAGGACGAUUUUAACGUACAGCGACGAUUGAAUUCCUGCCUGCACGUGCGCCUCUAUCGCACGGUAAAGCUGAAACCUGCCAGCAACACCAUAAGCGAAGGGAAAGAUUAA